AUUCGUCUGACCUCUGUGUCUCGGUUUACGUGCUAAAAGUGUUGAGGCAGCUCUCACAAAAUGCCGCUAAUCACGUAUAUGCGCCAGUGUUUGAAAGCAUGGAGAGUUAUUCAACAAAACGGAGGCAUAGGUGGUUCAUGCUGGAAAAUUCUGAGAGGAGUUGAUCUCAGAGCCGGUACUUUAGUUGGUAUUGACAAGUAUGGGAAUAAAUAUUUUAAAAAUGACAACUACUUUGUAGCUCGAAAUAGGUGGGUGGAGUACAGCCCAACUAGAUACUGGGACUUUGAUGGCAGCCAAAUUCCUCCAGAAUGGCAUCGUUGGAUACAUCAAAUGACAGAUGAUCCACCAACGGAAGUACCUCCCGUGCAACGCAAGUUCAUCUGGCCACACCAUAAGGAAAAUUUGUCUGGUACUCCGCAGAGAUAUGUACCGAGCACUACUACUAGACCCAAAAUAGAAUCCUGGCAACCACCGGUACCAGCGAAAUAAAUGAAGAUUUGCUUGUUUUUUUUCCUGAAAGACAUCUCAUAUUUGGAGAUAUAUCUGUUAUCAUGUAUCUUAGAGAAUGAUCAUUAUUUUAUUUCCCGUAGUGGUUUGUAAAAUUAUUUUUGCGUCAAUCUGUUGGAAUGUUGUUCUUGCACCCACUUGUGUAUAUUAGAUGAGCCAUCAGUGGUCAUAUGACUUCAAUAAUAAAUCUGCAGUUUAUUUAAAUUUA